UUUGUCAAGCAAGCCAAACUUGUCAACAUCGUCACGUUCCUCUGUCCUGGUACAUUGGCGUUGGAGCAUUUUUCCUUCUGUCGAACGGGGAAAAAGCAAAUCAUGAGAAUGCCUAGCGACCGGUGCACACAAGUUCACAUGCGCAAACACACGAGCCUACAAUCCCCCCCCCCUCACACGAGCAUGCAUCUCAUAUACCCGACUUUUGUAGGCCUAGCUGACAACUUGCAUUAA